AGGAGUUUGACAUUAAAUUCCAUGGUCAAGAAGAGAACACAACUUUCCUUCCCUCCCCUUUUUCUGGUGCCACAUUUCUCAACUCAUUAUAGUUUCAUCAUCUGGGGUUUCUCUUGAUUUCUUCAAUGGUGGCCUCCGCCGUCGCUUCCCCACUCUGUACAUGGUUAGUGGCAGCUUACAUCUCUGUUUCCGGCGAGAAAACCAACCACCGUCCCAACUCCUCGCCGGCGCUCCUUUCUUCCUCAAAAAGACUCAGUCGGUCAGCUAGAAGAAAGCUGACGGCGGUGACAGACGUCAAGAAUUUCUCCGGCGGUUGUGGAUUGAUGUCAUCGUUAUGCGGGUCUAGUAUUACGAACCUGAUGACUUCAUUGGAGCCCUGUGAGGAGUAUUAUAAAUCUAAACCGCUGUCCUCUUCUUUCUCUAUAUUGGGUUCUGAAAAUUCCUUCUUCAUUUUCGGUUUGAAGAAUUCUCCCCCCUCCUCCAUGAAUCGCACCCAAAAACGAAUUGACCGAACUGCCCAAACCGGUAAAAGUAAAACCAUCGCGAUUGCUAUACAACCUUCAAAAGAAUCAGCAACUAAGAAAAAACCCAUCACCAAGAACAGAAGAGUUGUCGUCACCGGACUUGGUGUGGUAUCUCCGGUGGGUGAUGUUGCCGAUGUCUUCUAUCAAAACUUACUCGAGGGUGUUAGUGGGAUAAGUGAGAUCGAAGCUUUCAAUUGCGAUCAGUUUCCCACUAAAAUUGCGGGAGAAAUCAAGUCAUUUUCAGCUGACGGAUGGGUUGCACCAAAACUUUCAAAACGAGCAGAUAAGUUUAUGCUUUACUUGCUGACAGCUGGCAAGAAGGCAUUGGAAGAUGGUGGUGUUACUAAAGAUGUCAUGAAAGAUUUAGAUGUCACAAAAUGUGGUGUAAUCAUUGGUUCUGCUCUUGGAGGCAUGAAGAUAUUUCAAGAUGGAAUUGAAGCAUUGAUGGUUUCAUACAAGAAGAUGAAUCCAUUUUGUGUACCAUUUGCAACAACCAACAUGGGAUCCGCAAUUCUUGCAAUGGAUUUGGGGUGGAUGGGACCAAAUUAUUCGAUUUCUACAGCUUGUGCUACGAGUAACUUUUGUAUACUAAAUGCAGCUAAUCAUAUUACCAGAGGUGAAAGUGAUAUGAUGUUAUGUGGUGGUUCAGAUUCAGCCAUAAUUCCUAUAGGGCUUGGAGGGUUUGUUGCUUGCAAUUCUCUUUCACAAAGGAAUAGUGAUCCAAAAAGAGCGUCACGACCUUGGGACGUGAGUCGUGAUGGAUUUGUAAUGGGAGAAGGUGCUGGUGUUCUUCUUCUAGAAGAGCUAGAACAUGCUAAGGCGAGAGGUGCAAAGAUUUAUGCCGAAUUCUUGGGCGGAAGCUUCACUAGUGAUGCUUACCACAUGACCGAAUCUCGUCCCGAUGGGACAGGAAUAGCUUUGUGCAUAGAAAAGGCGUUGACUCAAUCUGGGGUUGCUAGAGAAGAUGUAAAUUACAUAAAUGCCCAUGCUACAUCUACGCCAUCUGGUGAUCUACACGAAUAUGAAGCUAUCAUGCGUUCUUUUGGGGACAAUUCUGAGUUGAAAAUAAACUCCACGAAAUCGAUAAUUGGUCACUUGCUUGGGGCUGCUGGAGCUGUUGAAGCAAUUGCUACUGUUAAGGCAAUUCAAACAGGAUGGCUACACCCGAACAUGAAUUUGGAGAACCCAGAUGUGGGUGUGGAUAAAAACGUGUUGGUUGGUGCAAAGAAGGAACAAUGGAAUAUAAAGGUGGCACUAUCCAACUCAUUCGGCUUUGGAGGACAUAAUUCAUCCAUCGUAUUCGCCCCUUACAAGGAUCAGUAACUGCAACAAACAUCGCUCCCGUUUCUUGUGUAAUUAAUAUACACCUCUUGUUGCAUGAGAUACAAGUUAAUAUAAGAUUAAAUUAGAUAUUCCAUUCCAUGGCACAUUUAUUUUGCCAAAUGGACGGAAUUGUAUUUAGUUGAAAAUUUUCAGAUUUCUUCAUUCAUGGAAUUUAGUAUUCCUUCCAAGAUAGGAAGGAAUCUAAUUCCUUUCAUGUUGGGGUUUAUUGGGGCAAACAUACAUUAUACGCAGUGGAAAUAACAGAAUGUACCCUUCGAGCUGGGAUUAUUGCACCGAUAUAAGUCAUAGAA